AUGAAGACCAGCAUCCUGCUUCUGUUCCUUUGGGGUUUGUCCUGUGCUCUCCCAGUAACCAGGUAUCAAAAUACUGAAUCUGAGAGCUCUGAAGAAUGGACGGGUCAUUUGGCUCAGACACCAACACCACCCUUGGAGAGCAGUGAGUCAUCUGAAGAAAGUAAAGUUAGCUCAGAGGAACAGGCAAAUGAAGACCUCAGUGACAGUGCUGAAUCAGAGGAGGGCCCUGAUGAUCAUCAACAUGUAUAUAGACCAGCUGGUGGCCUCUAUAGGAAUGGAGGAAAAGGAGAUGAUAAAGAGGAUGAUGAAGAUGACAGUGGAGAUGACACUUUGGGUGAUGAUGACAAUGGCCUAGGACCUGAAGAGAGACAAGGAGGAAAUUCCAGACUCAAAAGUAAUGAAGACUCAGCUGACAUCACACAAUCCAGGGAAGACAGUACCUUACAAGGGGAAGACAGUGCCCAAGAUACCACCAGUGAGAGCAGAGACCUUGACAAUGAGAAUGAGGUGAACAGCAGGUCUGAGGGAGGUGACUUUGCUCAAGACAGUGAGAGUGAGGAACAUUGGGUGGGCGGUGGCAGUGAAGGGGAUAGUAGCCAUGGGGAUGGCUCUGAGUUUGAUGAUGAAGAAAUGCAGAAUGAUGAUCCAGACACUAUCAGGAGUGAGAGAGGCAACUUGAGAAUGAACAGUGAUAGUGUCAAAUCAAAAGAAUCAAAAGAAAACAGUGAUGAGCAAGCAAGCACUCAGGAUUCAGCUGACAGCCAGUCAAUGGAGUACCCACGGAGGAAAAUUUUUAAAAAGUCCCGCAUUUCUGAGGAGGAUGAGAUGGGUGAACUUGAUGAUAGCAACACAAUGGAAGAUGUCAAGAGUGACUCCACAGAAAACACCAAUUCCAAAGAAGAUGGGCUCAGCCAAUCCAGAGAAAGCAGCAAGAGUGAAUCUCUAGAAGAGAGUGAGGAGACUCAGUCUCAAGAAGACAGUCAAAAUGUACAAGACCCCAGCAGUGAGUCUAGUCAAGAGGUCGAUUUGCCAUCUCAAGAAAACAGUAGUGAAUCUCAGGAAGUAGUGAGUGAGUCCAGGGGUGACAACCCAGAUAAUACCACCAGUCAUUCAGAAGAUCAGGAAGAUAGUGACUCUAGUGAAGAGAACAGCUUGAAUAAGCCCUCUAGUUCAGAAAGUGAAUCCAGAGAGGAGCAAGCUGACAGUGAAUCCAAUGAAAGCCUUAAAUACUCAGAGGAAAGCCCAGAGUCCACUGAGGAGAAUAGUUCCAGCCAGGAGGGUCUCCAGUCUCACAGUGCCUCAGCAGAGAGCCAGAGUGAAGAAAGCCAGUCUGAGCAGGUCAGCCAGUCUGAAGAAGAUGAUGUCAGUGAUUCUCAGGACAGCAGCAAGUCAAAAGAAGAUAGUAAUUCUACUGAGAGCAAAUCGAGCAGUGAGGAAGAUGGCCAGUCAAAAAACACUGAGAUAGAAAGCAGAAAAUUAACAGUUGAUGCUUAUCACAACAAACCCAUUGGGGAUCAAGAUGACAAUGACUGCCAAGAUGGCUAUUAG